GGCUUCUCGGACGAUUGCGAGUGCGGCUUCGGGCCCGACCUGCGCGGUCAGCGGGGGAUGAAGUCUGGAGUGCGAGCUGGCCGUGAGCGUGGUGGGGCAGCCGCUGGCGAGGCAGCAGGUGAUGAGGGCGGUGAGGGGGUUCCUGGCGGAGCAGAACCCGCUGAAGCCGCUGGUGAUGUCCUUCCACGGCUCCACCGGCACAGGCAAAACCUACGUGAGCUCCCUGCUCAUCCGAUACCUCUUCCAGGGAGGGCUCCGCAGCCCCUUUGUGCACCAGUUCUCGCCAAUCGUGCACUUCCCCCAUGCUGAGCACAUAGAGCAGUACAAGGAAAGCCUGAAGCACUGGAUCCAAGGGAACCUGACGCGCUGUGGACGAUCAGCCUUCCUCUUUGACGAGAUGGACAAGAUGCACCCGGGCUUGAUCGACGUGAUCCUGCCCUUCCUGGGCCCCUCGUGGGUUGUGUACGGGACCAACUACCGCAAAGCCAUCUUCAUCUUCAUAAGCAACGCAGGAGGGGAGCAGAUCAACGCAAUGACGCUGGAUCUGUGGCGAGCCCGCAGGGACCGGGAGGAGAUCAGCCUGCAGGACCUGGAGCCGGCCAUCGCCAGAGCCGUGUUUGACAAUCCUCACAGUGGAUUCUGGAAAUCUGGGAUCAUUAAUGAAAGUCUCAUUGAUUUUGUUGUGCCCUUCCUGCCGCUGAAGCACCACCACGUGAAGCAGUGCGUGGUCAGUGAACUGGUCCAGCAAGGCCUCGAAGUGCAUCCGGCUGUUGUCCAGGAGGUGGCUGACAGCAUUCCCUACUUCCCAGAAGAGGAGAAAAUAUUCUCCUCAACAGGCUGCAAAACAGUGGCCUCUCGGAUCAGCUUUUUCUUGUAGUCACUGGUGAUCUUGCUCAGAUCCGUAGGGAAUGGCUGUGGAGCAGCAGAGCCCGGUGCUGGUGGGAUGAGCAGUGGGAACUGAGUGUUCCCUGCUGGCACUCUCCUCCUGAACUCAUCCCUCCAGCCCCCAGGAUGCAGCUGUGGGACCAAGUGAAACUGAUGGGAUUUAAAGCACUUUACUGAUUUGCCCUUGCCCAAGUGAGGGUGGAUACAAACCCAGGACAUCUGUGACAACAAGGGGACGAUGCUAAGAGGACCUGCAGUGCCAGGGAGGUUUGUCCCCCUGCCAGCAUCUCCCCCCUCUCCUGGCAGCUAUUGGUGCCCAACACAUCGAGAUUCUGAGCCCAUGGAGGAAUAUUUCUUUCCUGCAGCAUUUUAGCAGGUUUUAAAACCUCUUUAAGCGUGGCUGUGCCUCAGCUCCUUGGUACAACGUGACAGAGCUGACUGCUGCAGCACUGCCUGUGAACACCUUCAGCACCGCAGCACCGGUUUCUUUUCAAGGAAGCUUUAGAGUCAACUUCUUUCCAGCUUCCUUUCACUGUGAAUGAUGCUGGUAGGGACCAGCUUCACCAUCAACAAGAGCGAGGGCGUAUGUGGGAGAUGGCAACACCUCCUUAUCCAUCUUUCCCCUAAGGUGCAACGGUUUUCCCUGCAGCAAAGCAGGAAAACAACAACAACAAAGACUUCUCCCUUGCUUUACCAGCUAUGGAGACUUCAGUCCUACCUCCAGGAGAGCCCAUGGUGCCAGUAAAGGUUUGAAAAUGCCUUUUAUUCAGUGGUGAUUCCUACAGCAGGCUGAGAGCUGGUGCUAUGAGCUGUUGAGCUUCUUGCACAUCCUUCUGCUGGUCAGAGCUUGCAGGCUUUGGCUGGGCCAGCAUCUGGCUUCUGGGGAGUGUCACUUCCAACAGGGACCUGGGGACAACGUAGAGAAGAUCAGGGCAGUGCACAGCACCACUGGCCUUUCCCCAGCUUUUAAUCUGCUCUGUGCAGUCGGUUAUGGGAGAACAGGUCAGAGGAACCAGAAUCAUUCACUCUUUAGGAACAAACUACCGGAGGGAUGGGGACAGGGACACUUCCAAUGCUCCGCUCAGGCCCUGCACUGAAACGAGCUGCCAGCGCAGCUUGGGACCAUUCCAGCUCCAGGGACAGUGAGUUUAGGCACCACCCAAAUGCCUGGGAGCUGGCGUUUUAGAUACCACCCAAAAUUCUGCCUUUUCCAAAACCGUUAUCGAUUUCUAAUUUUCAAAUAAAUCCUUUAUGAAAUAAACA